AUGCAAAAAUAUAUUAUGAAAAUUUAUUUAAAAAUCCCUCAUGAUAAAGCAUGGAUUAUUAGAAGAGAAUUUGUUAGAUCAAUGGAAUAUGUAAUUGAUAAAAUCUUUGAUGAAGAUGUUGAUAAUGUAUAUAAUCAAUAUAUUGAACUUACUCAUGAUGAACAAAAACAAGUUAUUGCUGGAUGUAUUGAAAUAUUACCAACAAUCAUUAGAAAUGAAAGAAUCCAAUAUAAAAUGAAAGAAUUAAAUUUUAUUGAUAUAUUUAGAAAACUUACAAAUUUUAAUGAUAAUGUUGAUGUUUGUCUUAUUAAGAUAAUUCCUUAUCUUAUUCAAUUAUAUCCUGAAGAAGAAGAAUAUUUUCUUAAUCUUAUGGAAAAGAGUUGUGAUUCAAUAGAAGAAAUUAUGAGAAAUACUGUUAAUAUUAUUUUUAAACAAGUAUUUGAUCUUGCACAUAAUAAAAAUAUCUUACUUAAUAUUUUUGAGAAAUUAGCUAAUGAUCAAAGUGCAGGUAUUAAAAGUGAAAUGAGAAGAUAUAUUUGUGAUGUAUUAUCAUUAGAUCCUGGGAGAUUUAGUGAAUUAUUUAGAAAUCUUGUUUGA